UGAACAGUUCGCAGAUCGUAGUGCGCAGUACGCAGUUCGUAACGGUUCUCGGCUCGUCGACGGUCGCUCGCUUGCUUGGCGCUACCAGCAAAUCGCAUUGAAAAUAAAAUUUUGCCAAAAUACUCAAAAUUGGUUUUUUCAUGCAAAACGCGAGGAAAUGCGAAGCGAAACCAAUUAAAUCAAAUCAGAUAAUUAAUAAAUCAACAAAAUAAAAUUGCGUAGAAGAAGUGCGUGAUUGGGCAGCUGCAGUCAAGUUCUAAAAUACGACGAUUCAAGUGCAAACGCCCCCCAAUAACUUAAAAAAAAAAUAAAAUAAAUAAAAACAAAAAACAAAGCAAAACAACACACAUAAAAUUAAAAUGCUGAUGCAUACCACAUCGACCACGUCGACGGCAACGAUGACCAACUCAUCCUCAUCGGCGACGCCAACGCCAGGCUCAACGUCCUCCAAUAAUAGCGCCAUGCUGGAGUCGCUGCAGCAGCAGCAGCAGCAACAACAGCAUCAGCAGCUGCAGCAACAACUGCAGCAGUUGCAUACAACAACAGCAACUGCUGCAAACAACUCUCGUCCGCCCUCGCGUGCCCCCUCCAUUCUGGACAGUCCGACGCUGGCGCGUGUGGAACGCGCUCGUCUUCGACUGGAGCAGCAGGAGCGGGAACGGGAACGCAGCAGCCAACGCAGCUCUCAGGGGGGCGGCGGAGGUGGAGGUGGAGGCGGUGGCAGCAGCAGCGGCACAGGCAGCACAGCAACGACCAUGAAUCGUGAGGAUAGUUUAGAGCGCAGCAUAUUGGAUCCAAAGAAAGACGUGGCGCCCUGGCAUCAGAUGUGGACGCAUAUGAAACGCCUCUCGCACGCCUCAAAAGUCAACUCGACGAACAGUCUGACGGCCCAGAAGACAGACGUGGGCGUUGGCCAUCACCAACUGACAGCAAACACAACGACGGCAACAAAAGCAACAACGACAACAAUUAAUGGUGGCACUGGCAGAGCAACAAUGCCAGGCAAAUGCAUUUUGUUUCCGGAUAAGACGUCCUCACUCAAAAGUUCCAUGUAUACGCAACAGGUGUACUUCAGGCCCGAUAUGCAAUCGCUGCUGGCGGGUCGCAUUCCUGUGGCCUCCAUGACGGGACCCAUUAAGCGCGGAUUGCUCUGGCAGCAACGAGAUCGGCUCUUUUCGCGCUGGAAGGAGAGAUACUUUGUGCUCACCCGCGACUAUUUGCAUUGCUUUAAACGUGCCUCAGGCUCGGCCAACGAACGUGCUUCGGAUAUGGGACAGUUUAUAUUUAAGGUCAAGCUGGUGGACGUGGAGAAGGUAGAAUGGCUCAAUCGGCGCUCGUAUAGCGCCAUUGGGCUGCUGCUGGGACGGGAGGGUCGCGUUCUCCUGCGCUGUGACGAUGGCCUCGAGGAUUGGUUCGAGCUGCUCGAGGAAUGCACGCUGACCUCGAAGGAGCGUCGUCGCGCCUUGAAGAUCGCUCAGGGGCCGAGAUCGCGUGCCUCGCUGGCCGCGCCUGUGUCGCAUGCCUCACUGCAGUUCCAGCAUUUUGGACUGGGCAGCACCUACUCCAGUGCACUGGAUGAUUGGCUGAUGACGAAUGGUUCCGGCUGUGGCGGCGGACUGGCGCGCCAUAAAAUUGGCGCCGGCAGCUUGAAUGGCUAUGCUGGCGCCAAUCCAUUUUUAUUUAGCGACUCGGUGCCGGAUCUGAGUGCGUUAAACAAUGAGAAUCACAAUCAUCAUAUGAGCGGCAUCUCAACGAAUCACUCCACGCCGCAGAAGAUUCCGCACCACAGCAAUGCAAAUCUCAGUCGCUACUCGAAUGGUUAUGCCUCGGCGCAGAAUAGUUUCACGCAGGCUGGCGGUGCCUUGUACGGAUCACCACGACGCAUCUUCAUCAACAGCAGCUUCGGCUCCAAUGCGGUCGUCGACGAGGAGACGGCCGAGGAGUCCGAAGUGCAGCUGCGUCGUCCGCGGCUCUUCCGCGGCAUCAGCGCCCAGCCGGACAAUGGCAACGAGCUGGACAGGGAUUGGCUCUAUCGCAAACCGCGUGCGCCCACCGAUAUGCGCCACUCAGUGCAACCUAUGCUGCCCACACACAACAGCAAUGGCGGCAGCAACGUUGGCCUGGCUAACAAACAGGAGCUGGACUGCUCGGCACAUGACAGCGGACUGGAUACGCCACCAUCGACACACCGGCCAUCCAGUUAUCGGGAGGCAGCCAGCCGGGAUAGCACCGAAACGAACGGCAGCUCGUCGCGUGGCACGUUGCUGAACAACUCGCCGGGCGGCAGCUUUCGUGGCAAGAAGCUGAGUCCCCAGGUGACCAAUCUGAAUCAGCUGAAUGCCUUGAACGGCUCACGGUACUCUGUGCAGGAUCAGCGCAUACUGAAGAUGCGCAACAAUGAGGAGGAGCGCUGCACCUCCAUCAAGCUGGCCAAUCGCCUUAAUCACAAUCACGAUCAGAAUACCACUGCCUAUGAUCCCAAUCAGAAUCGGUACUACAAGAAUGGCAAUGCCACGCCCCCUAUUUCACUAACGCCCCAGCACACACCACAGCACAAAAUGUUGCAGCAAGCCAAUGGCAAUGGCAACGGCAAUGGCACACUUAACGGUAAUGGUGGCUCCGCCAUGAACGGAUCGGCCAUAUUCCGGGAGCGCUAUCAGCACCCAGCGCUGGCGGCCAUCAUCAACGAGGCACAGGGCUUAAAGUUUCGAGAACGUGCCCAUUCGGAUAGCCAGCAACGUCGACUGAACAACAACAACAAUGGACCCACGCCAACGCCCGCCUCCCCCCUGGCCCAGCGGCGCAACAAUGUCCCCAUUUUUGGAACGCCCACGCGCGUAUAGCCGUUAAAAGUAUAAGCAAUGAAUGAUAUGUGCGAUCAUAGAACACUUAAAUAUGCAUUACCAUUAAACCUUAAGUAGCCUAAUGUUUAAGUGAAAUCAAUAACUUAGUCAUCGGAUAAUGCUUGCAUAAAGGAAUAAUACAGAAAUUAUGUAUAAGACACUAUAUAUAUAAUAUAUGUAAUUUGUAGUCCUGUAAUUUAGCGACUUAUUUGAGCUCGGUUAACACGUGCCAGCGAAUGAAAAUAUUAAAUACAUACACAUAUGUAUAGAUUAAAUAUGUAGCUUAAUAAAUAAAUACAAUUCUCAAGUAGUUUUAGUGUGCUACAUUGUCCAGCUUUAUGUAAAACGUUAAAAUCAAAAAUAAAACGACUCCGUUCUGAGUUUCGAUUGCAAACCAAUUUGCAAUUUGUAUCGAAAUUCAGAAUGGGGAUCAAAUAAAUGUCAA